GCCACCUACUCAAGGGAAUCCCCUUGUUGCAAAAAGAGCCAACGGGCUGCCGCUAGCGACAACAUCGCCGGCGAGCAAAAGCAGUCGUCAUAGGAUGCCCGCCACCGGCGCCGGAGAAGGCGGCAAGGCGGCCGCCGGGUCGGCCAGCCUCCACAGCAAGACCCUCCUCAAGAGCGAGCCGCUGUACCAGUACAUUCUGGAAUCCACCGUGUUCCCUCGGGAGCCCGACUUCCUGCGGGAGCUCCGCGUCGCCACCGCCUCCCACCCCAUGGCUGUCAUGGCGGCGUCGCCGGACGAGGUGCAGCUGUUCGGGCUCCUGCUCGAGAUGCUGGGCGCCAGGAACGCCAUCGAGGUCGGCGUGUUCACCGGGUACUCGCUGCUCGCCACCGCCCUCGCGCUCCCGGACGACGGCAAGAUCGUGGCCAUCGACGUCACCCGCGAGAGCUACGACCGGGUCGGAUCGCCGGUGAUCGAGAAGGCCGGCGUGGCGCACAAGAUCGAUUUCCGCGUCGGGCUCGCGCUGCCGGUGCUGGACCAGAUGGUCGCCGAGGAGGGGAACAAGGGCGCGUUCGACUUCGCGUUCGUGGACGCGGACAAGGUGAACUUCCUCAACUACCACGAGCGGCUGCUGCAGCUGGUCAGGGUCGGGGGCCUCAUCGCCUACGACAACACGCUGUGGGGCGGCUCGGUGGCCGCAACCCCCGACGAGCCGCUCGCCGCCGCCACCAGGGAGUUCAACGCCGCCAUCGCCACCGACAGCCGCGUCCACAUCUGCCAGCUCGCCAUCGCCGACGGGCUCAUGCUGUGCCGCCGCGUCGCCUGAAUCACCGGCGUCCUGUGCCCGCCCCGAAACCGCUCUGGUCUGCAGUUCUUCACUGGAAAAUAAUGUCCAUUGUUUGGAUUUUGUAAAAAUAACGAACUGACCGCGAGCGAAAUAAACCGCGAAUGCGCUUGUGUGUCUCA